AUGAAACUGCAGCGAAUCGAUGAUAUGAAACGUCGACACCAUUGUGAUAGUCACAAUAAUUCUUCGUCAAAAAGACAACAUAGUCUCUGUAUGGAUACCAAUAACGAGAAUAAUAGAACGAUUAAUUUAACAUCAUCACCGACUGUCAGUAUAAAUUCAAAUUCCACUCCGAAUGAUGACGACGAAGAUGAAAUUGUUAUUCUAAAUUCACCAAUAUCCUUUUCCAAUGACAGUGAAUCUUCAACAUCGGCUGUUGUUUCAACUAUAACCGAUUUACUUUGUCGAAUAACAACUUCUGAAUAUUCACAGCAAUCUGACCCAGAUGGUUCUUCUUCUAUUUCUUAUAUCACUACCAAACGUCCUUUUAGCUCAUUAACAACAACAGAGAUCACUUCUAAUUCAAAACGUUCAAGAAUAAUAAAUAAAGAAUCACAAGAUGAUGAUGAUGAUGAUGAAGAACAGAAUGAUUGUGUUGUUGUUAAUACAAUCAAUCCAGAAAUUGUUUUAUUAGAUGAUAUUGAAGAGCAAGAAAUUUUAUCACCAACCACAAGUAAUGAUGACGGUAUUGAUUCAAUUGAUGAUGAAGACGAGAUUGAGCAACAAAUAAAUGAUCCUGAUUAUACACAAAUAACGGAUGCCGAAUCGAGUAAUGAAAGUGACGUAGAAAUUGAAGAUGAUUAUUCUACACCGCUCACAAGUCAGACACAGUCAAUUAUUAAUUUGAUUACACAAGAUGUAAAUGAUGAUAACACACGACUAAGUGAAGAUUCUACUGAAAAUAAUAAUGUACAAAAUCGAGCUCCUUUACCAGAAUCCAUAAUUGACUUAGUUACUCAAUCAUUAGCAACAACAAAUGCUUACAAUACUAAUCAAGAAGAUGUAGAAGAGAUUGAAGUUUUAAAUGAUACUGAAUAUCUACAACAUCGAUUACGUGUUCCACCAUUGAUAAUAAUUCUUGAUGAAGAUAAUAAUAAUAAUAACUCUAUCAGUGUUGAAAAUGAAGAACCAAUUGAAAUUAAUCAACAGCAAUCUCGUUCUCAUGAACAUAAACAAUCGAUUGAUGAACAUGUUUGUCCCAUUUGUUUAGAAUCAUUAACUCAAUUGCAACGACAAAAUAUCAAUUUGGUAACGACACCUGUAUGUCAACAUGUUUUUUGUGAUCCAUGCUCAAGAAAACUAUUAGAAAAUGUUCCUGUAGCCAGAUGUCCUCUAUGUCGAUUACAAUUGAAUGAACGAACAAAAUUUAUAUCCUACUGCAUUAACAUUGAAUUACGUGUGAAAGUAUAUGUGCGUGUGUUACUGUCCUUACAAGCUUAUAAUGAUGAUGACGAUGCUGAUGGGGAUGAAAAUCAAAACAGUACCGAUAACGACAACGAACAAACAAUGAGUACAACUGCAAAUUUUAACGCAAUUAAUGAUCCAACAUUUUCUAUAAUGUCAAAAAUUAAACUUAAUUUAACGCCAGCAGUCAUUAUUCAACCUGAAAAUACCACUAAUUUUCUCGAUAUUAAAACUAAGCUCGUCACAUUUAAUCCAAAGUAUGAAGAUAUGUACGCACCAGUUUUUGGUCCUGAAAAUCCACAUUUAAAUCAGCAGCAACGAGCAUUUAAAAAUAUGCUUAGUGGUCAUGUCGAAUCAACGAGUGUUAGUGAUUUUCUGUUUGAAAAUCAACGUCGAACAUUUGACAGUUUUGGCUAUGCGGCUGAUCCUAGUACUGAAACACAUUCAACAACACAUUUAGUCGGAGAUUUAAUUAAUGCUGAUAUCAACGAAGGAAUGACUGUAUUUGAAACCACAAGAAAACGUCUGGCAGAUAAACGUAAAAAAGAUAAAAAUUAUGAUUCAAGUGAUGUGGAAGGAUUUCGAGGACCAUGGGCACCAUUUGUUGAUGAAGUAAAAGUAUCAAGACCAACAGAAGAAGAACAAAAAGAAUUGGAUGAAUUGUUAUCAAAACGUAAAAAACGUGCUCGCAUUAAUGAACAAAAAGAAGAAGAAGAAGAUAACACAAACAAAACUAUUUUACAUAUUAAAGAUCCAUACGAUUAUCAAGGACGAUCAUUUUUACACAUACCACAAGAUGUGGGUGUUAAUUUGAGAUCUGAUGAACCACCACAAAGAUGUUUUAUACCAAAACAGUGUUUACAUACCUACAAAGGACAUACAAAAGGUGUUCAAAAAAUACAUUAUUUUCCCGUAUCAGCACAUUUGUUCUUAACAUGUUCAAUGGAUUGUAAAAUUAAACUAUGGGAAUUCUAUAAUGAACGUCGUUGUAUUCGAACCUAUAUGGGUCAUAGUCAAGCAGUACGUGAUAUUAAUUUUAAUAAUCAUGGUACCGAUUUUUUAUCAGCAUCCUAUGAUAGAUUUAUCAAAUUAUGGGAUACAGAAACGGGUCAAGUGAAAAGUAAAUUUACUACAAGAAAAAUUCCCUAUUGUGUUUCAUUUAAUCCCGAUGCACAUAAACAACACUUAUUUGUAGCUGGAAUGUCGGAUAAAAAAAUUGUUUGUUUUGAUACUCGCAGUGGUCAUGUUGUUCAAGAAUAUGAUCGACAUUUAGGUGCAAUUAAUACAGUGACAUUUGUUGAUAGAAAUCGUCGAAUUGUAUCAACAUCUGAUGAUAAAUCUAUACGUGUUUGGGAAUGGGAUAUACCUGUUGAUUUUAAAUAUCUAGCUGAUCCGACAAUGCAUUCAACACCAGCGGUUGCUUUGUCACGAAAUGGUAAAUAUCUUGCAUUUCAAUCAAUGGAUAAUCAAAUUAAAAUUAUGGAACCUGGCUCGAAUUUUCGAUGGAAAACUAAAAAAGUGUUUAAAGGUCAUAUGGUUUCAGGUUAUGCCUGUGGUUUAGAUUUUUCACCUGAUAUGUCAUAUGUGAUUAGUGGUGAUGCUGAUGGACGUCUAAUUAUUUGGGAUUGGAAAACGACAAGAUUAUUUGAACGUAUUAAAGCACAUGAUGAUGUAUGUAUUGAUGCUAAAUGGCACUGGCAUGAAAAAUCAAAAAUUUUAACAGCUGGAUGGGAUGGUGUUGUUAAAUUAUGGGACUAG